AUGUUGAAGACUUAUUCUUUACUUCCAUGGAUUAUUAUGAUAAUAUGCAUUAUAAAUAUUGUGUGCGGCGACGUGUCUUCGUCGCCCUCAUCCAGCUCACCCCCAGACAGAGGUAACUCAGCAUGCGAACCCUCAGCAGUAAAACGUCAUCUGGAAAACAAAAUCCGAAUUGGCGUAAUUCUUCCAUUUUCUGGGGAUUACCCAUACCGAAUACAGUUAACUCGUCCAGCAGUGGAAUACGCACGGGAUUACAUCUUACAGAAAACAAAUCUUCUACAGAACUACUCUAUAGAAUUUGAUUAUCGAGAUUCCAAAUGUUCCGAUGUCACUGCUCCCCUGGAAGCAAUAGACAUGUAUAUAAAAAAAUCAGUAGACCUCUUCUUGGGUCCUGCUUGCGAGUAUGCAAUAGCUGUUGUGGCUAGAUUCACACGAACCUGGGGAAUCCCUUUAAUCAGCGCAGGAGCCCAACCAAUGGCUUUCGCUGACAAGAAUAUUUACGGCCUACUGACCCGUAUGGUGAGCACAGUCAGUUACGAUAAAUUUGCCAAAGUUUUUACAAGCAUUCUUACCCAUUAUGGAUAUAAGAACGUCGGAAUGUUAUAUCAGUCAAACGAAAACCCGAGCGACGGGAAAUCAGAAUGCUGGUUUAUCAUGGAAGCCGUUUUCACAGAAGUGCAGAAAGUUUUAAACCCUCAAGUUGAUAAGCAACAUGUGGAGGAAUUCUUUGAAAGUAAUAAUAGUAGAUCCGAAUUUACAAAAAGACUCAAGAAUUUAUCUGCGACAACUCGAGGUAAGCCAUGUUUUAUGUAUUUGUAA